AUGGCGACGGCGCGAAGGUACGUCUUUCAUAUUUGACAUUGAUUAUAUUGCUGUUUUCUCCUUUUCAGAUAAAAAGUAUUUAAUAAUGUAUAUUUGCUCUGGUUUUAGGAGAAGCUUUAGAGAUGUUGUAACAGUGAUGUCGUACGAUGAUAGUAGCGAUUCUUCAAACAGCAGUAGUGAUGAAGAAGACCUCGAUUUGCUAUUUGUUGACGUAGCGUUUGGGGAAGGCCGUGUGCUCGAUAGCAGGCCAAACAUUUUGGAUUUUACAGAAAUAGAGUGCGAAGAAAUGUUUAGGUACAGUAGUUUCCUCUUCUAUUCUAUUCUAUUUCCCAGCAUAGAAAUUAAUACCCUAAUCCCUCUCCUAGUCUCCUCCCUAUAUCUUUUCAACACAUUGUUUGUAAUAUUGAUAAUAAUAAUUUAUAUUUAAUAUAUGUAUAUAUAUAUAUAUUUGAUAUGUACACUAUGGCUUUUAUAGUUUCACCCUUCGUCAGUAUGUUCAUGCAUGUAAUCUUUUCAUUUAUUAUUUUCACUUACCAGGUUUGAAAAAGGUGAUAUGCCUCGUCUUCUUGAGGCAUUACAAAUUCCAGCUGUCUAUACUGGUUAUCAGGGCUCUGUUUUUAACGGCAUGGAAGGACUUAUGGUUAUGCUGCGUCGGUUAACAUAUCCCAAUAGAUGGUGUGAUUUGGUGAAAAUUUUUGGCAGAUCCGAGGCUGAGCUUAGCAUACUUUUUAAUAUGGUAACUUAUUAAAAUUUACAUGCUUAGUAAAAGUAUCUAAAGGAUAUAAGACCCUAUGCAUUUAGUGUAAAAUUAAAUAUAAUAAUUGUGACAUUAAUUGUUGGCAUGAAAUCAAACAAAUUGAUGUUAUUACUCUUGUAGGUAAUUAAUGACAUAUAUACUCGCUUUAACCAUUUGCUCACUUCUUUGGAUUUGGCAUGGCUGGAUCCUGCCAUCUUUGCUGAUGCAGUACACUGCAAAGGAGCACCGCUGAACCAGUGCUGGGGAUUUAUAGAUGGAACUACCCGACGUAUUGCCAGGCCUGUUCGAAACCAGAAUGUUAUGUACAGUGGUCACAAAAGAAUCCACUGCAUUAAAUUUCAGGUACGGAAUGUAAAAAGUAACAUAUAGAUAUAAAUAUAUCUCUAGAUUUAAAUAUUUCACAAGACCAUUGGCAGAGGGCAUCUCUUGGAACUGGAACUAAUAUCAAUAAAGCCAAAUCUUAUACUCAUUUGUUUUCCAUUUCUAGUCUGUACUUGCUCCUAAUGGUUUGAUCGCCCACCUGUUUGGGCCCAUAGAAGGCAGAAGACAUGACGCUUUCAUGCUAGGAGUCAGUGGCCUACUACCGCUACUUGAAAGGAUUAUCAAACCUAACGGUGAACCAUAUGUUGUCUAUGGCGACCCAGCUUAUGGAAUAUCACGCCAUAUUAUAUCCCCAUUUAAAGGAGCACAUUUAACUGAACCACAACAACAAUUUAAUCGUGAUAUGAGUGAAGUUCGUGUAUGUGUCGAAUGGGGAUUUGGUAAAAUCGCACAAUAUUUUGCAUAUUUGGACUUCCAGAAGAACUUGAAAGUUCUCCUCCAACCAGUUGCUAAAUACUAUGCAGUGGGAGCCCUGUUGAUCAACUGCCAUACAUGUCUUUAUGGCUCUGUAGCCAGUUCAUUUUUUAACCUGGAUCCUCCAUUACUUGAAGAUUACUUGACCAAUAGGAACUAG